AUGGCGCCAAAAAGAUCUUCUACAAUCCAAAUCGGUAAUUGUGAAGUUGCUGUGGAAGCAAACAAAUUUGUUAUCAACGAUUCAGAACCAAACAGUCUGCACAUCUCAAUCAAUCGAAAUGCAAACGUUAAAAUUUCAGUGAAGGAUGAGCUUAAUAAUGAUUUUUUGCUAUCAAAUAUCGAAAAAAGAGUGAAAUUCGAGGAUGGUUAUGCUUUUUUCGUCGUGAAUUCAAAGGAUAAAGAUAGUAAUAGCAAAUGUUAUCUUGAGGAAGUUUUAAAGAUUUAUACAAGAGAACUACCUGCAAUGAAUUAUGCUGCUAAUACUGGAAAACAAUCAAUGUUUCUUGAAAAAUGUAUCUCCAAGGGGAAAUACUGUACACUGCUUUUGAAAUCCAAGUCAACAGAAGGUCCUGGUGAGGUUAUAGCUGCAAUUACGUAUCAAAUUAUCCCUGCUGACAUGCAGUAUGCUGAGGUUCCUCUUGCCGCUGUUAGUGCAGUCUACCAGCACAAGGGUUUUGGUCACUUCUUGUACAUGGAAUUGAGGAAGAGACUUCAGAAUGUUGGUGUCCAUACAAUAUACUGCUGGGGUGAUAAGGGAUCUGAAGGUUUCUGGGUUAAACAGGGUUUUGCAUCAAUAGCAGAAGUGGAUAAAAAAGGCAGACCUCGGAGGCUGCCUAUUAAGCCCAACAUCCGUAGAGCAUUAUGCUUUCCUGGCAGUUCGACUCUUAUGGUUUCUCAUCUAAACGAGGGGAAUUCAGCUACCCCUGAGGCCUCUCUGCAGUUUUGUUUUCCACUAAAGCCUUGUAAUAAUUCCUCAUCAGCUGUUUAUAGAUCUGCUGAGUCUGGCUUUAUUGCAGAGGAUUACACUACUUUGAAGUCACAAAACCAAAUAACUUCCAGGAUAGAAAAUUCUCAACAUGAAAGAUUUGCAAAGGAUGAAUUUUCUGGAGCAGAUGCCAAUCCAAGUGGCCUUCCUCAGAGUCCGUAUUGUGGUGACUUAGCUCCUUUUGAGAGAGGGGAAUGCAGCAAGAUGACAACUGUUGCAGAAUUAGCCAAGACUAGAGCUGAUGCUGAUGUCAAAUGCAAUUAUAGCUAUAUACAAGGUACUAAGAGGAGGGCUUGGGAAGCUUCAUUGUCAUCACUGAAGACUAAAAAGGUGAAGGGAAGCCAUCAAACUGACUAUGAAUCAGAUUCUGGCUGCGGUCCAGGUUCAGAAAGAUUCACAACUGAUCCAUGUUUUAGGGGGUGCUCCUUGGGAAUUUCAAAAAAUAACUCUUUUGGAAAAGCUACUUCUAUGGAUCCUUUGACUCGUAACUGCAUGGAAAAUAAUGUGAAAGAGGACAAAUCAAGUAAUAGAACAUCAGAGGUUCUUGUCAGCAAAGAAUUUCAGUCUAAAGGAGAAUGCUUUAGAAUCAUGUUGAUGAAUAUUGCUGAUGAUGAUAAGAAGAUGCAUCUAACGAAGGUAAUUGAAACUCUUGGUGGUGCCGUUACUCCUGAUGGAAGUGUAAGCACUCAUGUUGUCACAGGGAAAGUGAGAACAACUUUGAAUUUCUGCACUGCUUUGUCUUCAGGAGCUUGGAUAGUCUCAUCAAAAUGGUUAAAGGAAAGCUUUCGCAAAGGCAGAUUUGUGGACGAAUUGCCUUAUAUACUGUACGAUGAAGAUUAUGUGCUGAAGCACAAAGCUGAGUUAAAAGAUGCUGUUCUCAGAGCGAAAGCAAGACCCCAAGCUCUUCUCAAAGGGUAUAACGUAUGCAUAGCAAAGCAUGUCCAGCCUCCUUUUCAAACUCUAUCUGCCAUUGUUGUGUCUGCUGGUGGAAAUGUAAUUUGUGGACUAGAUAAAGAAAAUGAAGCAUCAAAAACAAUCUUUGUUGCCUGUGAAGAAGACAUUGAAGAAGCAUUAUCAGCUGCGAAGAAAGGAAUGCGGACUUUCAGCAGUGACUGGCUGAUGAACUGCAUCAUGAGGCAAGAACUGGACCUGGAGGCACAACAAUUUGCAGAGUCCUUGUGAGGAGACUAAUUUAUACUCACGUAUCAAGUUUGGACGCCCCUUUUUAGUUCUUGCGUUUGUAAGUGGGAGGAAAUUACGGUCUCAGAAAAGCAAGUGCAAGUAUUUUAUCCACGGAGUUCUUUUUGAAUCUUUCAGGUGAUUACUUGAAUCCUGUAUAUUGAACUGUUGUUAUGAAACUUUACCUAGCAGGUGAGGUCAACUGCUGACCUGCUAACCUUAGUACCUGAACUAUUGUUCUUUCUGAGUUUUGACAGUUAAAA